UGAUUCGCCAAACGGCGCUUUGUACGUCCUUCCAUUUGGGUGUGCACAGGGAUCAUGUGUAGACGAUGAGACGUCAUGCAGUUUCCCGGAACCCGUAUUAAAGGCAGAGGACCACGCAGUCUUAUCGACAAUGAACACUUUUGGUUCUUCUGCGGAGCUCACCACUGCAACCUCUGCUGAAAGAUCUCUGAACGUCAAUGUCGACGAUGAGGCGCAAGAGGUCGACGCAAACUUGGACAGCGAAGAUGAGCUCGACAAGGAGCUUCUCACGGCGGAAAUCAAAGUCCGCACGCCAUCUAUCUCCAGCGCAAGCUACGAGAGAAGUGCCUUCGCAAUGCAGCCUAUUCAGCUCCCCACUCUCCCCGCCGAGCUCAUGUACACGGAUCCUCAUGAGUACGUCGACAGGAUGCUUGAUAGUCAUGGAGAAGAUCCGCGGCGGUACUGGGAAGUACCUUUUAGCCGACUGUCGCCUCCUGAUGUGCUCCACAUUGCCGAUACACUAGCAAGCCAAGGCAUCGAGGCUGCCAUUGACCUGAUAGAGCAAUAUUCUACCUGGGUUCGCAACUGGCUGGCGCAACAGAACUACGGGAACGAUCAGUCUUCGGAGACAGAGACACGGUCUAUCACCUCUGAGCUUGUUUCCCCCAGCGACACCAUGGUCGAGGGCUCGCCGCGCCGCGCCCUGGCUGGCGCAGUGGGCGAUAUCCCUGUACCUCUCCAACCGCAGAUCUUGUCCGCCCUGGAAGCACUCUCGGAUCUCGAGUUCUUCGCUCUUGGUCCCGCAAUGUCCACCCCGAAAUUUGACGACACAGCGGACGAUGCAGAGGCGACGCCGGACGACACAGACUCGGUCGUCGCGUGGCCGUACGGCCCGUCGCGCUCGACAACGCUCGACAACCCCGCCGUCGGCGUGGCGCCUGACGGGCACCUCGGUGACCAGUUCGCUGCGAUGAUGAUGCAGCUGCCCGCUCGCGUGUCUGCGCCGCAGUCUGGAGCCUGCACACCCGUGGGACAUGACAUUGUCCCGCCGUGCACGGACCGCCGAGUGAUCGAGUUCGUGGGCCUGAAGGCAGAGCAGCCUAGGCUCCUUUCCAUUCGAUCGUCUCCUCGUGUCAAGGCUACACCGCUUCAUUUUUAGAUUGUUGGACAGCCGGAUGCAUAUCAAUUAACUGACAAGGUUACGACUGAAUGACCGGACUGACCAGUGGAUACCACAGCUCUGGAUAAUUAUGUGCUUUCUUGACCAAGGACACUCUUGUUCCCCCUGUAUGCCCUGAACUAAACGACAUCCUCAGUGCUUGUGUAUGUAUGCUUACGGACUUGUAUUUUCCAUUACUGCUUGUACGAGAAAUCUCAUGUACAAAUCCCAGUAUGUUGUAAUAAAAACCCGUUGAGGAAACGUACAUAAAUUUGCAGAUAAGAACGAGAGCGGAAUGGAGUUCGCCUCUUGCACGAUCCGACAGAUCGUCGUCACAGAAACACACGGACGCAAAGUGAGAAAAGAAAAAGGGCAUACCAUUCCAAACGGAGGGUUCAUCGCUACGGCAAGACUUUGAUUCCAGUCUUCGGAUAUAAUCCCCCCAAUGUUAGCUCAGCAACCAUGCGGCCUGAGAUUAGCAUGUGGCUUGAUGACGCGUUCACUGCGACAUUCGACACCGGUGGUAGUACUUUCUAGGUCUGGGAUGUUCUAUAUGUCUCACACAGUGCUCCUCUAACGCUGUCUUCGAUAUUUACUCGAAAUUCUGCUGCGACGAAAUGCAAGAAUGAGGCUUGGUGAUAAAAGGCAAAGACACUUGAGAUUGGUUGCCGUUAGGAGAGCUGUGGGCCGGUUAAGCCAUAGGCUUAACGAGUGAUGGAGGACAUACUACUAUGCUUAGUCGGGAAUGGUAUCGGCAAAU